AUGAUCUGGAAAGCCAGUGGCAUCGCAGAUCUGGCGGCGAGUGGCACCCCCGUUGCCGGCGCCACGAGGCGCAACAUCUCGGGGAACACUGGGUUCGCCGCCGCCGCCGAUGACGACGGGGGGAUUGACGACGCGGACCUGGCGGCUGCGGCUGCGGCCGCGGCUGCGGCUGCCGCGGCCGCAGCUGGCGGCACCGGCGAAGGGAAGGACGUGGCCAGCUUCCUCACUCGCGCCGAAGGACUGGACAAGACCACCAUCGGGGACUACCUGGGGGAGAGGGACGAGUACUGCCUCAAGGCCGGACCCCUGUGGCGCCUCCUCCAUGACCUCGUGCUUGUCGUACUGGCGGACUGCCCCUCCGGCCCAGCCUGCCAGGCGGCUCUUUCCCGCCAAUGGAACCAGUUGUCCCUAGAGCUCCCGGAAGAUGCAGAAUUUCCGUACGAAGGUAUUAUGUGCGGCCUCCGAGACUAA